UGUUCUUUUGUCAGUCUUCCUGGUGUUCCUUGUGUGGGUCAUAUAUUAUUACAACCUCUCUGACGUCAUACCACGAAACCGUCUCACGAUUUGGCAGAGACCUCGACAAUUUCUGGAUGGCGUACCAAAAUACGUAGUUCCAUUUUACCGACGAAGAUCGCUUUUCAAGAAACGACGGGGCCAAGUGUCUGUCAUAAACGGAAAUGACGGGCGCAUGCGCAGUGUUGUGGAGGACACGGGAUUGGGCAGAAUUAUCUUGUUAAAGAAUAACCCAGACUGGAAUUGGUUUUCGAUGGCCCAAGAAGGACUCGAACACUGCCCUUCAAAAUGUACCAUCAUCAAUUCUUUUGAAAAUUUCAACAUUAAUUUCGCGUCUGCUGUUAUUUUCUAUGCCACGAACUACCCAAAGGACCUUCCGAUCAAGAAAGUAGGUCAGGUUUGGAUCUACUUUACUCUAGAGUCUCCGUAUUUUAGCCAAGAUACACAAUUCAGAAAUAUUGAGUGGCGGGAUAAAAUAAACUGGACGAUGACCUACAGGCGUGAUUCAGACAUAUGGUAUCCCUACGGAAGAGUAAGUACAAGGGACUCACCAGCCAACAUAGACUAUUUACCGGCCGCACGAAACAAAACAAAACAAGUCGCUUGGUUUGUCAGCCAUUGCACCACGCCGAGUCGUCGACAGAAUUACGUCAAGGAGUUGCGGAAGUACAUUUCCGUGGACACCUACGGCGCAUGCGGAGAUCUCAGAUGUCUUCCGGAAGGGAGCACAAAAUGUUUUGACAUGCUGUCGCGGCAUUAUAAAUUCUACCUGUCUUUCGAGAGCGCGUUCUGUCGCGAUUACGUCACUGAAAAAGUCUUCGAAUUCGUCCUGAAGGCAGACAUCGUGCCUGUGGUUCGAGGAGGGGCAGACUACUCUAAAUACCUGCCACCGAAAUCGUACAUAAACACGGCCGAUUUUCCCAGUGCGAGACACCUCGGUGAAUACUUAUCAUUCCUGGACUCGAAUGACGCCGCGUAUAGCGAGUACCUUCAGUGGAAGAAUCAUUACUACGUCCAGGAGAAACCCAUCCCUAUUUGUGAAAUAUGUGUGAAGCUAACAGAACCAAAAUCAUAUGCUAAUGUUUACAAAGACGUUUUCUCAUGGUGGCAUCGAGAUGUUUGCGUCGCUCCAAACCGUACACUCUCAUGAAAUCAGAAUUACAAAACUUAUAACACAUCAAGAAUGGGCGUUCAGCAUACCAGGAGGCAAGGACGUCCUCAGGAAGUCGAUAACAGUAAUUCGUUCUCAGGAAAUUUUAUUUAAUAAUAAAAAAACACCUAGACUAUAUAGAAUUUUUUUGUUCUUCUUGUACUAGAUGCAACUCAUGCUUACACUGCCCCCCCCCCCAAAAAAAAAACAACAACAAAAAAACAAACAAAAAAACAAAUCCCAACAACAAAAUAACAAAAACGACCGCCGUCUAAAUAGCCAGCCCUCAUUUGCCGAUGCUAUAUACACGGCAGUCGUAUAUAUAGAUAAUUCUAUGUUUUGUGACAAAGAAGAAAGAGAUGUUUUAUUUAACUAGGCACUCAAAACAUUUUAUUUACGGUUAUAUGGCGUCAGACAUAUGGUUAAGGACCACACAGAUAUUGGGAGAGGAAACCCGCUG